AUGGCGUCGAUCUCACCGCUAUCGUUCACGGCGAUGGGCCAGGUCUCGGAGAGGAGGGCCCCGGACACGUCGGGAUUCCGUUCCUUCGGCUUCUCCGCAGUCAGUUUCUCGGGGUUCCGUGGGAGGGUGGAGACAUCGGGUUCUCAGAUGGUCGUCCGGUGCGUCGCAGCCACGGGAGGUGAAGUUAUUAUUGUCUAGUUAUCUUGUGUACAUCGCAGUGAUCCCUAAUAAAAAUUGGAAUGUAGUUUUAGGAUUUUUUUAUUUAUGUUAAUAUUUUAUAGAUAUGUAUUUUUGAUUUUUUAUGUUGCUUGACCAAGAAAUUCUGCUCAGCUGUUCCAUGAGCGACCAAUUCAUCACAGGACAAAUUGCAUGGCCCUACACUUGCUGAUUUAGUUGUAGAGGAGGGCCGAUUUUAUCACUGUAUCAUUCAUUCUCCUGCUUCACGUACACUACUUUUUUUCUUUAUAGGAUUUGGACAUGUUUUUCGAGGAUUUGCUUGAUCCGCUGUGACGUCGGGUUCAAUGAGAAAUUCCAUAUGCUUUUGUCCUCCCAUUUUUCAAUGCCGUUAAUUGUAAUGAACUGCUAUUUUAUUCUGGGUGAUGAGAUGUAGGAUGCAUACUUCGUCGAUAAUAGUAUUAAUUAGUCAAGUCAGGAAUUGUGGCGGUUCGUAUAAAGAAUCAUUCGUGAAGAAUAGUUUGAUUAAUUCGUUCUCCUUCAAUACCAGAUGCCUUACCAACUGUAUCAGACACAAAGAUGAAUUUCCUCAAGGCGUACAAACGACCCAUCCCCAGCGUAUACAACACAGUUUUGCAAGAGCUCCUUGUGCAACAGCAUCUAAUGAGAUACAAAAGAACGUAUCAGUAUGAUGCGGUCUUUGCGCUUGGUUUUGUGACUGUCUAUGACCAAUUGAUGGAUGGGUAUCCAUACAGUGAUGAUCGAGAUGCAAUUUUUAAAGCUUACAUUGAGGCCCUGAAGGAGGAUCCUGAACUGUACAGGUAUUUAACGUCAUUAUCCGGCUAUGUUCUGUGCUCCAAUAUAUCUCAAAGUCCUGUUAUUAGGUCAGUGAUGCAUUAGCCACUGCCUUCACAAACUUCAACGACACCUCAGACAUGGUGGACCAAUUGAUGAAAAUUUAUUGUUAAUUAUUUUUAGACGAGUGCGGAAACUCUCUGUUGAUUAAUAGGGCAUCUCUUGCAUCUAAUAUUUUAUGAAGGAAACUUUGCGGGAGAAUUAAUUGUUUAUUAGAUGGUUCAAAACACUGGUUUUCAAGUAAGAACAUAAAUUAUUAAGCUAUACUUGGUCACAGGCUUGAUGGAAAAAAAAGAACAUAAACAUGUACGACUCAUACGAAAAUUGCAGUCUGGUAAUGCUUUGGCCUUUUUAUUUUAACAUUUCCUUGUGGGCGUUGCUGAUGUCCUUCAAGUUUGAGAAAUUUUGACGUCAAGAUCCCAUCCAUUUGUCAUAUUUUCUCACAUCCGUCAGGAUAUGGAUUAGCUCAUAAGCAGAUCUAUUUUUUAUGCGGUUUGCUUGAGAAUAAAUAGCGAUGAAAUAAAAGGUAUUCAUCUUAUUUUAUGAACUAUCCAUUAUUUUUAUUGGCUUUUUGAUUAGCUCGACAGACAUCUUCUUGCUUGUAUAUUUGCGUGAUGUCAUGUGAAUAAUAAUAAAAAAACUAUAUCCUGAUAUUUUUAAAAAUCAUAAAAAUAUCUUGAACUUUUGGUUGAUUAUGGUGCAUAAUAAUCAUAUGAUUUUCUAGAAGCUUUUCUCUGUUCACCGUUUUAGAAUUUUAAACUUGUUCACGGUCAUCCAAUAGUAUUCUUGUAGUAGAGAAAAAUAUUGCAUUAUUCUCCAAAAAUCGGUACACCCUUAAAAUAUUCUCAUUUAUCUAUAUAUUUAUAUCACAGUUCAGGUGAUCUUCUUUGGCUUGUUUCUUACAGAUCUGAUUCUCAGAAGUUGGAACAGUGGGCACGUGCGCAGAAUGCGAGUUCUUUGGUCGACUUCCCUUCAAGGGAGGGAGAUGUUGAGGGAAUUCUGAAAGAUAUUGCUCAAAGAGUGGCAAGUAAGGGAAACUUCAACUACAGCCGAUUCUUCGCAAUUGGCCUGUUUCGUCUACUGGAAUUGGCAAAUGCACCUGAGCCAACUGUCUUGGAGAAGGUACUUUUCCCUUACGUUGACAUCCUUCUAUUGAUUUUCACACUCCAACUUCUUUGCUUCUUCAGUGAUAAUUCUCACCUUCUGUGAUCUCUUUCUGCACCGUGCUGAAUGUGGAUAAUGAUACUUCUAUUUUCCAAUCUUGCUGAUUACUCAUGUUAUUUGGAAUAUAUAUAUAUAUAUAUUAUUUUCUACCUUUAUUCUUACAUUUAGGGGUUUUUUAAAAAGAAAAACUGUUACGAUGAUUUAUUGUCUCUGACGUGCGUAUAUUUAUUGGAUCAACAACAUCUGUGCUAGAUCUGUUGAUAAUUCAAUCGAAUCAGUAUCUUUCUUUCAUCCGAACCCAUUUCAACCGUAUGACACCGUAUACGAAUGGCAGUUCAUAUUUUUAGUAGGAGAACCUUGAAAUCGUAUCCAGAUUACAAAAAGUUUGAGCCGUUCAGUACGAUUCCGACUUGGGUUCCAUGUGACAGUAGGUACCAUUCUGCCAGAUUUUCAUAUCAUUUCGGGCUCUAGCCAUUUAAUCGAUCCUCGGAUCCUUUUUUACUGCCGGAAAACCACAACAUUACUAUUACUAUUACUAUUACUCGAAAAGGGGAGUUUUUUUUUUCAAUUUUUUUUUUCUAACCAGGGAGAGGGCAGGGAAGGACAUGGUGUCUGUAGUCAGACUGAUGUUUCUGUGUCUGGAACAGCUGUGUGCCGCCCUGAACAUAGAAAAGCGAAGCGUGGACAGAGAUCUUGAUGUGUACCGUAACCUUCUCUCCAAGCUGGUCCAGGCGAAGGAGCUCCUGAGGGAGUACGUGGAGAGGUAUUUCUGAACCGCCGCCCGCCCUCUGAAAACAUUUGUUUUGAUCCGAUGCGCGACGGCCAGGAAAAGGGGGAAAUUUUUUCGAAGCCCUUUGCAUGGGUAUUUAUGAUUUCGGAAAUUUAUAUCCGGACAAAAUAACAGCCCUGCGUUGACCUGGCACAGUCAGUCUCUGUGUUACUGAGUGUUGCUUGCUUCGAGUUGAACAUGAGCGGUGUGAUAACCUCUCUCUCUCUCUCUCUCUCUCUCUCUCUCCCUCUCUCUCUCUUCCUUGCUGUAGUGGACUCUGUCCCCUUGUUCAUGGAAGCUGCAUGGAGCAUUAUACGUGUUUUUGGUCAUCUCUCUCUCUCUUAAUUGCUGUGGUGUACUCUUGCCCUCUUGUUCAUCUUAGCUGCAUGGAGCGUUAUAUGUGUUUUUGAUCAUCUCUCUCUGUCUCUCUCUAGGCCGCUCACAUGAAGGAUCAUACUAAUCCUCCGCAAUUCCGUUUUCAGGGAGAAGAAGAAGAGGGAGGAGAGGGCGGGAUCGCAGAAGGCGAACGAGGCCGUCACGAAGAUCCUGGGCCAGGUCGGCCUCGACACGCAGUGA